AUGGCAUGGUCUGAUCUCCCCAUAGAUCUCCUUCGUCGCAUCUCAUCGCAAUUGUCCAUUGUAGAACUAGUUCGAUUAUCUCUUGUCUGCACCUCAUGGAAUUUCACUCCCACCAACUGUGCACUCCUACGAUUUCAAUGUCGUCCCUCCCCAUGGUUGCUCCUUUCAAAUGAUGUAAACGAGGCCUCCGGAACACUCACCUUCCGCGAACUUACCAUAGAAGGAGAAGAAGCUAUCAUCAGCUUCCAACGUCGCUUCUCCUCCAUCACUUACAACACCUAUGGUCGCCGCUGUUUUGGCUCAAAGGAUGGAUGGCUUGUGACCCUUGACAAAAUAGAACUACAACCUCGCCUUUUCAACCCUAUCACAAAGGCUAAUAUAUUGCUCCCAUCCCUUUAUGACUUUAUCAUGCCACAAUUUGCCUCUGAUGGCUUCAUCAGGAAUUCUUGCAAUGAAAUUUUGCUUGACAUUAUGUCUGACGACUUACGUGAUAUAUAUUUUCAUAAGUUCAUUUUCUCCUCUAACAACGCCUCUGGAACUGUUGUUGUUAUCUAUGGCAUUAAAAAAGCGCUUGCUUUAGCAAGGUCAGAAGAUCUAACUUGGGUUCUCGGGCCACAAUUAUCUUUUUACAGCACGAAGGACGAUGAGCAAUUUGAGGAUGUUUGCUAUCAUGAAGAAAAUGAAAGAUUUUACGCUAUUACAAAUUUUUCUAUGGUGCUUGCUUUUGAUCUCAAUGGAGAAAAUGUUGAAUUGAUCUGCCCGAAUAGGCCCAACAAUUACUACCACACAAUAAACUUUGAUUAUAUGUACUAUAUUGCCUUUUUGUCAGGAACACUUAUAAGAAUAGAGAGGGUGAUUGAUAUUACUCAUAAUAGGCACCAUAAUGCGACAACGAUGGCUAUCUUUGUUUUCAAGUUUGUGCCUUCUGUUGUUACUUCUUCAUCUUCUUCUUACUCUCAAUGGAUCCCCAUCAAUGAGCUAGGGGAAUACUCCAUUUUUGUGGGUUGUAAUCAGACAUUUUCUUUGGAUCACACAGUUGCUACUGGAAUUAAACCAAAUUGUAUAUAUUUUUCUGAUCAUUGGAGCAACAUGUUGCUAGGUAAUGUUGAUUGUGAUGUUGGACUUUGUGAUCUUCAUAAUGAUCGCAUUCAGUAUAUCCUUCACCCUAAUCCACGGACUAAUUGGCCUCCAUCAAUUUGGUUUACACCAUCAUUUUCAUACAUUGAAUAUCUUAGUUUUUGCUAG